GCGGGACGCUCUCUUCAGCUUGUGGUGUGAAGCCCUGCUUCGCCCACAGCAGCGUCGGCGUGCCGUUGGAGGACACUCGCCCGUCGUGUAGUCGUGAGCUGGGCUAUGAGUUAUGCAGGACUAUCGGUCACCCUAUGGGCGGUUGUUGGUGGCGUCUUCAUCUUGCUGCUGUUGGCGAUGGAUCGUUGGAUACAUUGCACCAGGAACUGGGCAGAUUGGUGCAGUUGCAAGAAACCGCCGCCAGACCCGUUGGAUGGCGUACCGGAGCAGCCUGACGUGGAGAACCAGGAAGGCUACCACCGCGAGCACGACCGGGACUUCGAACGGAAUUGGCAUCUGGUGGCGUUGCAGCGAGACGAGACGCAAGAAGAAGCGGAAGAAAUCCUUCGAUUGCGCGCCGAGGCGGCUCGGAGACGUGAGCUUGAAGCGGCAAGUAGAGAGAAGGUUAAGAUCGUGAGAGGUGUCGCGACGGUGCGAGGAAUACAGACGGAAUAGCCAGUAGGUUACAGGGUCCUCCAACUUCUCUCUAAGACCAGCUCUACCUGCAGACUUGGCCAGUACCAUAAGGCGCAACACUAAGGUUAUUCGGACAGGUGCGGUUGACUACGGGUGGGGAUUGCUCGUGGUUCAGGGAAAAAUCCUGCAACCCUCUCUUAAAUUAAUUGUCAAGAGUCUGCCCAAGACCCAAGCGUGUUUUUCGCCGCAGUCGGCCUUCCUCCUGUUCCUGGUCAUUGCGUACACGGCGCAAUGGCCCGCCAGACCUUUGGAGCCAUGUACUAAUUUGAUGUAUGUUUGGGGAAAGGUUGGGUGGGAGGGGGGUCAAGAAACAGUGCAGGCAUAUCAGGUCGUGCCAGCUGGAGCCACGUAUGGUAUGUGGCAUUCAUCAGAGUGAGCAGUUGGUGUCCCGUGCAGAACGGAACUGAUGACGGGUAGGCAGGGUAGGCAUUCCUAGAUCGGAGACACUGCGUGGAAGGGGCGGUCGAUCACACACAUUUGCCACGGCAUGAAUCCUCGCCUUACGUGAAGGGCAGCAUAAUAAUUUUCUGGUUUAUCUCGUGGCCGAACGAACGCAUCUGUGGAGGCUCUGCUUCUUUUUUUGGGGGCUAGAGGCUAGAGUGCAACUUCUCUUAUUCAUGUUCUCGCUGGCUUGCUGGUGUUGCCAUGGGGGCUAUUAGUAGAGUGAGACAAACAAGGUCUGUCCGUCGUCUCACUCUAUUCGUAGCAGCGUGUCGUGUGUUGCGUUGAGUAUUUUCGUUCCGGCGAGACAAGACCCUGGUAGUGGUAAUGGCAGAGGAAAAGGGAACGGGGAAUAUCGAUAUUGAUGUUAUGGAAUAGAGCGCUAAUUUUUGUCUUUGUUGGUGCAUGUUUGCGGCGGGUCAGCCCCCGCAUUCCUCCGUCGCCUAAGACGACUGCUACGGGCACGACAUGGUGUAAAAAUACAGUCGUGCCGUCAUUAAUUUAGUGCGCCGAAUUGGCUGCAAGGCUGCAAGAGCGUGUGUACCCUUGAUAGCUACACACCGACCGAUCUUCAUCCCUCUGUCGGCUGUUUUCGGAAAAGAUGGCUAGUAUUUUCUUCGAUUUUGGCUGUUUUUGCUUGGGGAGGAAAGUGAAAAUGCGCUUGUUUUGUGCUAUAAUUGGUAUCCUUUUUUACACACGUCGGUGGGGACAGGUGGGGGGUUAGCGCUAGCUGAAACAGCACCUCCGGAUUGGUUGGUAUUUGUUAGGUCCGGUUUGCUACCUUUACCUUUAUUGCCAAAGUUUUAUUUCUCGUACCGUCGUUCUAAAUUCCUCGUCCGAGGGAAUUCUUAGUCUUUGUUUGCUCAAGGCCUCUUCCGUGGCACGUCGAUUAAAGAGAGGUAAGAAACGCGGUUGGUUGAUCUCAUACGACUUGAUCUUGAAGUAAAGACGAUACUUAAUGUUUUGCUGUGUGCUUUCUACUGUGCUGGAUGUUACGAUACGAUCGAUCGUAAUCAUUUUCGCGGAGAAUGUUGAUGUUUUAUUAUUCGGUGUGUGUUUUCCCUGGCAGUGGCGGCUCUUCCUUGUCUUGUUUUUUUACACUUGAUAAUACACUUGUUAUUUUUCUUCCU